CUCUGGCCUGGGCACUCCUUGUUCCGGCAGCCACGCGCGCGCGUGCGCGCGCGCGCAACACGAACGCAGAGCUGCGGGAUGGAGGAGCUGGCCUGGGAGACCCACGGCCUGCUUCCCCUGGAGAGACAGCUCCAUGAGGCAGCUCGUUGGAACCAGGUGGGGAGGAUAAAGGAGCUGAUUGGAAGGAGGGUUAACAUCAGGGCCAGAAACCAUGUGGGCAGAGUGGCCCUACACUGGGCUGCAGGUGCUGGGCAUGAGCAGGCUGUGCGGCUGCUCCUGGAGCAGGGGGCUGCUGUGGACGAUGUAGACUCGUUUGGUAUGAACGGGCUUCUCCUGUCUGCCUGGUUUGGCCACUUGCGGAUUGUCCAAAUUCUGGUCAACGCCGGGGCCAAGGUCCACUGUGAGAGCAAGGUAAGACUCCAGGGACCACCCUGGGCUUGUUUCCAGGAUGGCCUGACCUUACUGCACUGUGCAGCUCAGAAAGGCCACGUGUCUGUGCUGGCCUUUGUCAUGGAGGAUCUGGAGGAUGUGGCCCUGGACCAUGCAGACAAGCUGGGUAGGACAGCGUUUCACAGAGCUGCUGAGCAUGGACAGCUGGAUGCUCUGGAUUUCCUGGUGGGCUCUGGCUGUGACCACAGUGUCAAAGAUAAGGAAGGGAACACAGCCCUGCACCUGGCUGCCAGCCGGGGCCACAUGGCUGUGCUACAGAGACUUGUGGACAUUGGGUUAGACCUGGAGGAGCAGAAUAUGGAAGGUCUGACCGCCCUGCAUGCAGCCACUGAAGGGUUCCACCCCGACUGCGUGAGGCUUCUUCUCAGGGCUGGGAGCAACGUGAAUGCCCUCACCCAGAAAAAGCUGAGCUGCCUCCAUUACUCGGCCCUCAGUGGCUCUGAGGACAUGUCCCGGGCGCUCAUCCAGGCAGGAGGGCGCACCAAUGUGGCUGACCAGCAGGGUACCUCUCCUAUGCACCUUGCUGUGAGAUACAACUUCCCUGCCCUGGUCCAGCUGCUCAUUGAUGCCCACAGUGACUUGGAUGCCAUAGAUAAUAGGCAGCAGACACCCCUCCACCUUGCUGCUGAGCACGCCUGUCAGGACGUGGCAGAGAUGCUCCUUGUUGCAGGCGUUGACCUAAGCCUGAGAGAUAAGCAAGGAAAAACUGCCCUGGCCGUGGCUGCCCGCAGUAACCAUGUCAGCCUGGUGGAUAUGAUCAUCAAAGCUGAUCGUUUCUACAGAUGGGAGAAGGACAACCUUUCAUGCGGGGACCCCAGUGACUCCUUUGGGAAGGGCUUGACCUUUAAGCAGGAUCAUCGGCAGGAAACACAGCAGCUCCGAUCCGUGCUUUGGCAACUGGCCUCCCGGUAUCUGAGACCUGCGGAGUGGAAGAAGCUGGCAUACUCCUGGGAGUUCACCGAGGCCCAUGUCAGUGCCAUUGAGCAACAGUGGACAGGCUCCAGGAGCUACCGGGAGCAUGGUCACCGCAUGCUACUCAUCUGGCUGCAUGGUGUGGCCACAGCUGGCAAGAACCCCAGCAAAGCACUGUUUGAGGGCCUCAUGGCCAUUGGCAGGAGAGACCUGGCUGAGAGCAUGAGGAAGAAGGCAAAUGGUGAACCAAGGGCCCCCAGGAGGUGCACAGCCAUGUGAGCGGGACAGACAAGGAUGUCCGUAAGGGCUUUAACAACAGUCACUGCAAACAGACCUCCAGCAGGAUCUACUGAAUCACAGAGCCAGCAGGAAAGUAAUCUUUUUCAGAGGCUCGUCAGGGGCUUGUCCCCGUUUUCUGGGUAAUCCUGUCCCAGGGGUGUGAACCUUUGCAGCUCUAAGCUUACUUUUUUAUGUGUGGUCAGAGGACCUCCUCAGGUGCUGUCCACAUUGUUUCAAAAUGGUCUCUCACUG